CCAAUUGCGGCGCGAGGUCCCAAAACAGCGGGAAAAAUACCCGGCAAACAGAUGUAUUUUAGUUUGGCCUCCAUUGAACGUUACAGCGGUUAAUUUUGCUUUUAUUUUGUGUGCGUUGUGUUUACAAUAAAAGUCAAGAUGGUUAACAAACCGUUGAGCAAGAUGUACGUCAUAAAACGGGACGGCAGGCAAGAAGCGGUGCAUCUGGACAAAAUCACGUCCAGAAUCCAGAAACUAUGUUACGGAUUAAACAUGGAUUUCGUGGAUCCACUCCAGAUUACCUUGAAGGUGAUCAAUGGCCUUUAUCCAGGUGUUACCACAGUGGAACUUGAUACAUUGGCAGCCGAAACAUCAGCUAUGAUGACUACAGAUCAUCCAGACUAUGCAACAUUGGCUGCCCGAAUAGCUGUGUCCAACUUACAUAAGGAAACAAAGAAACAGUUUAGUGAUGUAAUCGAAUUAUUAUACAACAUGGUGAACGAAAAAACAGGAAAGAGAACACCUAUGAUCUCGGACACGCACUAUAAAAUCAUUAUGGACAACGCGGACAGACUGAACUCUGUAAUCAUCUACGACCGCGACUUUUCCUAUAACUAUUUCGGCUUUAAAACUUUAGAGCGAUCGUAUCUGCUCAAAGUCAACGGUAAAAUUGUGGAGAGGCCACAGCACAUGCUGAUGCGCGCCGCCGUCGGCAUUCACGGCGAAGAUAUCGAGUCUGUGGUCGAGACGUAUAAUUUGCUGUCGGAGAAAUAUUUCACGCACGCCAGCCCGACCCUGUUCUCGGCUGCUACUCCGAGACCGCAGCUUUCGUCCUGUUUCCUAUUGAUGAUGCCCAGCGACAGCAUCGAAGGCAUCUUCAAUUGUCUCGCACAAUGCGCAUACAUUUCGAAAUCUGCAGGCGGUAUUGGCGUUAACGUUCAUAACAUUAGAGCUAAAGGCACCUAUAUUGCUGGCACAAAUGGUGUAUCCAACGGAUUGGUGCCCAUGCUUAGAGUUUUCAACAACACCGCCAGAUACGUCGACCAAGGAGGCAACAAAAGACCUGGAGCUUUUGCCAUCUAUUUGGAACCAUGGCACGCAGAUAUCUUUCAGUUUUUGGAUCUGAAAAAGAACACGGGUAAAGAAGAGUACCGCGCUAGAGACUUGUUCUAUGCCUUGUGGAUCCCGGAUUUGUUUAUGAAACGCGUUGAAACCAACGGCACUUGGUCCUUGAUGUGCCCGCAUCAGUCCCCCGGUCUUGCCGAUUGCUGGGGCGAGAAGUUCGAGGAAUUGUACAUGAAAUACGAAGAAGAAGGUAAAUUCGUCGAACAAGUGCCAGCGCAAAAACUGUGGCGUGCCAUUAUUGCGUCACAGGUCGAAACUGGCACACCUUACAUGUUGUACAAAGACGCCUGUAACAGAAAAAGCAACCAACAAAACUUAGGCACGAUCAGAAGUAGUAACUUGUGCACGGAGAUCAUUGAAUAUACGUCUCCUGAUGAAGUUGCUGUUUGUAAUUUGGCGUCCAUUGCCGUGAACAUGUUUGUUAAACCUGAUCGCAAAACGUAUGAUUUCGAACGAUUGAAAGAAAUUGCUAAAGUUGUAGCCAGAAAUUUAGACACCAUUAUAGAUGUAAAUUAUUAUCCUAUUCCCGAAGCAAAGAACUCAAACAUGCGUCACAGGCCAAUUGGUAUUGGCGUACAAGGUUUAGCUGAUGCCUUCAUUUUAAUGCGUAUGCCUUUUGACAGCGAAGAAGCGAGACUGUUGAACAUCCAGAUUUUCGAAACAAUUUAUUAUGCCGCUUUGGAAGCCAGCUGUGAAUUAGCAGAAAAGAAGGGCACAUACAGCACGUACGAAGGCAGCCCUGUAAGUAAAGGUAUUUUACAAUACGAUAUGUGGAACGUCACACCAACAGAUCUGUGGGACUGGGCCGCCUUGAAGGCUAAAAUCGCAAAACAUGGUGUGCGAAAUUCGUUGUUGUUGGCACCGAUGCCCACAGCCAGUACCGCUCAAAUUUUAGGCAAUAAUGAGUCCGUUGAACCUUACACAUCCAAUAUUUACACCAGAAGAGUUUUGUCUGGAGAAUUCCAAGUAGUGAAUCAACAUUUACUCAAAGAUCUGACUGAAUUGGGGUUGUGGAACGAUGUUAUGAAGAACCAGAUCAUCGCAAACUGUGGAUCAAUCCAAAACAUUCCUGGAAUACCCGAUAAUAUUAAGGCAAUUUACAAAACUGUUUGGGAGAUUUCACAGAAAGUAGUCUUGAACAUGGCGGCGGAUCGUGGUGCCUUCAUCGAUCAAAGUCAGUCUUUGAACAUCCACAUCGCCUCACCCACCUAUGGAGUCCUAUCUUCGAUGCACUUCUAUGGUUGGCGCAAAGGACUGAAAACAGGCAUGUACUAUCUGAGAACUAAACCCGCAGCCAAACCGAUUCAGUUCACUGUCGACAAAAGCAAACUACUUGUGCAAAACACCAAAGAAAACGGUACUGUCAAUGGUACAAAUGGAUAUACAUCUCCAGUAAAAAGUAACAAUCAACCAAAGGAAGAAGAGGAGGAAGACGAAUUAACAAGAGCCAAAAAAGAAGAGGAAGAAAGAAAUACGGCUUCAUUGGUUUGUUCAUUGAAAAAUCCUGAGGGAUGCGAAAUGUGUGGUGCCUGAAAAUGUUUAUUGUUUAAUUUAGGUUUAUUGUAUUGUUAAUUAGCUUUAAAAUAAUUUUUGGUAUUAUGUAUAUUUAUUUUUUAAUACAAUACAAAAUUUACUUUAUUAAA